AGUCCUGCAUUUACUCUUGUCGCAUCACUUGUGUGUCGUGUCUGUCAGCUAGCUGCUACUUACAUAAACAACCCGAAUUAAAAUAUGAAACAUUUGACAGGAGAGUGACAAUAAACACGUGUUGCACGAGGAAUGAGACGGUGUUCAUUUGCUUACGCUUGUAAACUGCAGUAAAGAAAAGUGUUUUGGAAACGCUGCUGUUUCGUUUUACACAAACUGAAUUUUUUGCUAAAAGGACGCAUUGUAUUUGUUGCUGCAAACUGUUUUUUUUUUUUUCUUUUCUGUGUUUAAUUCUAGCUCAGGACGCUGCUUCAUCUCUUAGUGAGUUUUCAUUCCUUUGUUCAAACAUCGAUGGAAGUCAUAUGAUCCCGUACAUCCUGGAACGGGUUUAGUGAGCCCUUCAGUUCUGUUUGCAGUGACGGCUGUAACCAGGCGUUCGGAGGGAUGUUGGGGAUGUGACCCUUUCUCAAAUUAUUGUCUCAGCCACUCAUGUGAUCAUGACUGUUCAUCCUGUCCUGGUCCUGCUGCCCAUUCUGGGGCUACUUGUGCUUCCGUGUGCACCUACGCAUUUGUCGAACAAUGAAAGGAUAGUGGCUAAUGUGACUGUGGAAAAACCGGAGAAUUGUAGCCUGAAAUAUUGUCCUCAAAAUGAAUCCUGUUCGAGGGCUUUUCUUAAAGAAAAUGUGUGUUUUCUGAUCAGCUGCUUAAAUAAAACCCAGAACGCUUGUGAAAAUGUAAACGACCUGUCAGCGGAACUAAGCGUGAAGACAAAUGACUCCAUCCAUGCGGGCAAAAAUCAGACUGAUAAAUCGCCACUUCCUAAUGAGUCUUCUGGCACCACCCCUUCAAUUACUGUCACACAACCGUCACCAACUAAACCUAACGUCCGGACCACUAGGACUUCCAGUACCACAAAACCGACCACUUUACCAGACAGCUCUACGACUAUAGCGGCCACUGACCUGCAGACAACUCCAACAGUGAAAGCCAACAAAACUGAUGCAGUGCCAGAACUAGCGAUCACCACAACACCAGCCAUGACAUCCACCACCACAACUACACCUAAACCAACCACAACCAGCCCUAAACCCUCUUCAACAACUACCAGCACAACAACCACCUCCACGACAGCUGCACAAACUACAAUUCCAAAACAGCCUUCUUCACCUUCACCAUCAGGGACCAAUACAUCCGCCAGCAUCUCACCAUCAGUGCCUACAACACCUUCUCCAUCCACUCCUUCCGUAAAACCAAUCCAAACAUCUCCAGCAUCAUCAGAAGAGAAGCAGCAAUCACCGACCACGCCAAAAACCUCAUUGAGCCCCUCAGUAGUGGCAUCUACACUGCCCAAGGACAUUCCCAAAAGGGACCAAGCCAUGAUUGAGGUGGCCGGAGACCCUUUGACCAGCCACCUGUUGAACACAAGCUCCUUGUUAGCCGUUCUUCUGUUUGGCCUCCUCUUCUUCAUGGUCACGGUGGCGCUGUUUCUCAAACAAGCGUACGAGAGCUAUAAAAGGAAGGACUACACUCAGGUCGACUAUCUCAUCAAUGGAAUGUACUCCGAUUCGGGGGUCUGACCUGGAUUGCGUGGUUAACAUUUCAGUAUAUUUCCGUUUUCAAAGGUUGGUAGCAGAUUGACUUUGGUUUGAGACCCCUUGGUAGCACUCAAACGUUCAAAAGCCCCGUACGACUUCUAGAGGUGAGAAUCCAGCUGGUGCUCGAGUGGGUUGGUAUGAUGUGUAUCUUUUGUUUCUAUGCAGAUUUAGCUUCCACAUAAUUCUUGGCACAUGGGGCUGAAGCCUUAGUAUUAACUUAGCCCUCAACCUUCGUUCAACGAAUGUCAUUAUAUGGGAUUCAUAGUGCAAUACUUGGAAAUGUUCUGUCUAAUCUGUCAUGUCCAGUGUUUCAUCUGCGGCUGAUGAGUUGGCUGCAAUAAUUGCCUUUUUAUGUUUGUCGGAACGGUUCAGGAACAUUCAAAAAGUUGUUUAUGAAUUAAUGCCUUUUUGUUUUUGUAUGUGUGUGAGGAAUAAAUGCCAAACCAGGAAUUGUGGCACAGAAGCACAUUAUUGUAAAGCCAAGGGAAUAACUCAGCCAUUGUGUAUUUAGUGUCUGGAACAAAGAACAGAUCAGAGGAAGGGAUGAAGUAUGACAGUUUGAUAUGUGCCAAAUUGAUUUUGUAAGUCUUAAAAGCUGCACUGUUAAAAAGAUAUAUAAUAAAGAAAAAACUUACUUUGCA